UCUGGUUGGUGUUCCCAGGGGCCUCAGCCCAAGGGACGAUGGUGCACACAUGGGUGGCUGCUUCUGCAUCUCUAGGGAGCGGAGUUUGUCCUGGGGCCCAGGCAAAGAUACUCCUUCCAAGGAUCCGACCGCAUCAAGCGAGUUUAUCUCCUCACCAGAAUGCAAGGAAAAAUGCUUCCUGCCACAGAAGAUGACUCCAGACCUGACGCUCUCUUUCUGCGUGAAGAGCCGGUCCCGAAGGUGUGUAAAUGGCCUUUUGCAGGAAGCUGCCAGGAGGAGGCUCUGGGCCCUGGAGAAUGAGGACCAGGAGGUGCGUGCACUCUUCAAGGACCUUUCAGCAAGGUUGGUGAGUGUCCAGUCCCAGAAGUCCCAGUUCCUCGUCACCUUCAAGACCAUGGAGGAAAUCUGGAAGUUCUCCACGUAUCUGAAAUUAGGCUACGUGUCCACCUGCCUGGAGCACCUCCUCUUUGACCACAAGUACUGGCUCAACGGCAGGCUGGUGGAGGAUACGGAGAUCCACGUAUCAGUAGAUGAUAAACACCUGGAGACAUUAUACCUGGGACUCCUCGUACAGGAAGGGCUUUUCUCCAUACCCACAGGCCACUUCUUCUGCAGAGCCACGCGCUCCGUGGCUCCGCUGCCCGAGGAUGAAGGCGAGUAUUUGGCUCUUGGCAAGAACGAGCUGGUCUCUGUGAAGCUCACUGAAGGAGAGACCGAGUGGGAAGGCGUGUCCUUGGUGACGGGUCAGCGGGGCCUGGUGCCCGUGGCAGCCCUGGAGCCCCUGCCGCUCCCUUUCCACCAAUGGUUCCUGAAGAAUUAUCCCGGAAGCUGUGGCCUUUCCAAGAACAGGAAUUGGACAAGCUCCUAUCAGAUCGGCCGAGGAAAAUGUAAGGUCUUGAAGGGCUAUGACAGAGAAGAGGAGGAUGAACUGAGUUUCUGCCGGGGAGAAAACCUGGAGGUCAUCGGCUUUAUCAUUCCUGGGCUCCCGUGGUUUCUUGGGAAGUCAACCAGCUCAGGAGAAGUGGGCUUUGUCCCCACUAUGAACAUAGAUCCCGAUUCGUAUUCCCCAGUGAGCAAGAACUGUGCCUUUUACAGCGACGAGGAAAGGUGCUCUCUGUGGGUGCUGGGCAGUGACAAGGAAGCCGAGUGCUCCAGCUUCCUCCACACGCUGGCUCGCACCGAUAUCGCUUCCGUCUACCGCCUUAGUGGAUUUGAAUCCAUCCAGAAUCUUCCAAAGGAUCUGAGUGCAUCCCCGCCAGAAGAGUUCAAGCAGACCAGGUCUGGUGCAGCCUGGGAGGAGCCCCAGGCCAGGGGCUCCCCACGGUCCAGCAGCUCCGAGGACUCCAGUCCAGAAGAGGAGCUCCUCUCCGCUGCCUCUGACAGCUAUCACCUGCCAGAGCCUGAUGACCUCGAUGACCCGGAAUUGUUCAUGGACCUCAACGCUGGUCAAGAGGAAGAGGAAGCUGAGGACUUUGCCUCCAUAUUGGCUUUCUUGGACCAGGAGGGUUAUGCCGACCACUUUAAGACCCUCUAUGAUUUCUCCUUCUCUUUUCUCACAACUUCCUUUUAUAGCUUCUCGGAGGAAGAUGAGCUUGUGGCUUACCUGGAGGCCUCGAGGAAGUGGGCCAAGCGGAGCCAGAUGACCUGGGCCCAUGCUCGCCUCUGCUUCCUCCUUGGCCGGCUGAGCGUCAGGAAGGUCAAACUCUCUCAGGCCAGGGUGUACUUUGAGGAGGCCAUCCACAUUCUCAAAGGCGUGUUCGAUGACCUGCCCUUGGUCACGGCUCUGUAUGUCAACUUGGCAGCCAUCUACCUGAGGCAGAGGUUGAGGCUUAGGGGUUCCUCCACCCUGUUAGAAAAGGCCGGGGCCUUGCUGGCCUGCCUGCCUGACCGUGAGUUUACUACCAAGAACGAGUUUGACGUGGUGGUCUACGUAUUGCGCCAGGGGAUUGUGGCAGGCAGCAACCCCUUGGAGGCCCGGGCCUGCUUUCUGGCCAUCCGAUUGCUCCUCAGCCUAGGCCGUCACGAGGAGGUCCUGCCCUUCGCCGAGCGUCUGAAGCUCCUUUCCGGACACUCUUCUGCCUCAGAUGUUGUGAGCAACAUCUUGAGUUUCCUGUAUGACAAGAAAUAUCUUCCGCACCUUGCAGUAGCCUCUGUUCGACAACGUGGUGCCCAGAGUGCCCAAGGGAUGUCCGUCUCUCUUUGGCAGGUCCACCUGGUCCUCCAUAAUGUCACCAGGCUCCUUGGUGUUCCUUUCCAAAGCUGGGAUGAAGUUUCGACCCUGGUCUGCCCGACACUUAGGCAUGCACUGUCUGCCUGUGGGGAGGAGACCAGAGAAGACCAGAGCACCCAGAGGGCCCUAUGUCUCGUCCUGUCCAAAAUGCAUCUCCAACACAGGUCUCCCGAGGGUGCCAUCUACUACCUGAGCCAAGCCUUGGCAUUAGGACAGCUGCUCGGUGAGCUGGAAGCCUUUGAGUCUUCCCUGUGCCUGGCGUGGGCCUACCUCUUAGCCAGCCAGUCGAAGAAGGCUCUGGACAUCCUUGAGCCUCUCGUAGGCUCCCUGAAGGACUCAGACAGUGUUACGAUGGAGAAAGGAGUGGUCCAUAACCUCCUGGGACUGGCCCUUCAGGGGGAAGGCCGAGGGAAAAGGGCGGCUAAGAGCUACCUCCGGGCCUUGAGCAGAGCUCAGGAGAGGGGGGACCUGCGUAACCAGGCGGUGACUUUGGCCAACCUCGGCCACCUGACCCUGGGGUCACGGGCACAACAGCCGGCUAGGAAGUAUCUCCUGCAGGCGGUCCGGCUCUACUUUGAACUCGAGGCUAGCAAGGAGACGGACUUGGAAUUGGUGCAAGUGCUCCUCUGGUUGGCCCAAGCCCUGGUGUACAGGCGCCAGCUGGCCAGUAGCCGCCUUUGUUAUGAGAUGGCAUUGCUGUUUGGCUUAAGGCACCUACACCUCAAGAGCCAGCUUCAGGUCACCAAAUCCCUCUGCCAUUUCUACAGCUCUGUGUCCCCAAACCCUGAGGCAUGCAUCACCUACCACGAACACUGGCUGGCCCUUGCUCAGCAGCUCAGGGACCGGGAAACGGAGGGGAAACUGCUGGAGUCCCUUGGGCAGCUCUACCGGAACCUCAACACAAGCAGGUCCCUGCAGAGAUCCCUUACCUGCAUCAAGGAGAGCCUGCGUAUCUUCAUUGACCUGGGGGAGAGAGACAAGGCGGCUGAGGCCUGGCUCGGGGCUGGGCGCCUCCACUACCUCAUGCAGGAAGACGCUCUGGUGGAGCUGUACCUGCAGGCAGCCAUCCAGACAGCCCUGAAGUCAGACGAGACCUCCCUAGCUCUCAGACUCUAUGAAGAAGCUGGAGAUGUGUUCUUCAAUGGGACCCGAGACAGGCACCGAGCAGUGGAGUAUUACCGACUGCUGGUCACAGUGGACCCAUACACCCUAAAUGCUGCUGCCUGGUCCCGGGCCAUUCCGUCGAGCAGUUGUACAUCAGACUUUUGUUCAUGGAGUUUGCGUUGGCUGAUUUUCCGAAGUAGAUUGCCGGGCCGCUCUUCCGUGGUUGUCUUGGUCUGGAAGAUCCACGGAAAGCUGCUCAGCACCACGGCAGCAUGAAUGUCCCCACGGACAGUUAGGGUUACACCAUCCCAACUGCACCUUCUGACUAGAAGGCACCCACAGGUUUGUGCUAUGUGCUCCUGUCUCCCAGGGUGGUUCCUGCAUCACACAAGGAAUAUGGGAGAUGGUUUAAAGAGGAGCAGAGGUGAACAUUAUGUUUUAUUAUAUUUUCGUUAAGUAUGUAUUACAAUGUAUUUUUCAAAAUGAAAUAAUCAUAGUAAUAGCUGAUUUAACCUAUGAUUUCACGGCUAUUAUUGCCUAGGAUGAUGGAAGUUAAUUUAAGAAUUAGUACUCUUGACACAAUGGAUGGAUGGAUAGAUUGUGAGAAGAGUUGUGUGAGCCCCCAACAAAAUGAUGAAAAAAAAUAGUACUAAUGAAAUAAACGUCCAGAUGUUAAGCAGGUAUAUAAAAUUAUUAUUGCUGUUCAAAUCCAAAGUUGGGAAAACCUCAUUAUCUUAUUUGACCUUAAAUUUUCAUUAUUCAGAUAUUCAUUCAUUUUUUAUCUUGUCAUCAGACAUUAAAAACAAGCACACUUGCUGCUAUCGAGUUGGUUCUGCCUUAUAGAGACUCUAUAGGGCAGAGUUAAACUGCCUCUGUGGGUUUCCAAGACGGUAACUCUUUAUAGGAGUAGAGCACCUCACCUUUUCCCCCUUGGAGUAGGGGGUGGUUUUGAACUGCUGACCUUGUGGUAAGUGUUUAUUAAGCAUCCAAUAUGUGUCUGGUACCAAACUAGGUAUGGUAGACAGUGGAGAACAAGAAGCAAGUCCCUGGCUCUUGAGGUGCAUGUUUCCACAUGCAUGUUAUAGAUCAGAGAAUGAAGGAGCAGAGAGAUAUGAUUGUCUUAAUAUCACAUAUCACUCACUGUCAUCAAGUUGACCCAACUCAUAUCAAACUGCUCUUGUGGGUUUCCAAGA